CCGCGUCUCGCGAGAAGUCGCCACCGCAGGCCUCCCGGGUUCCCGGGCGCAGGGGAGAAUGGGGGGCCGCGGAGCGAGGCCGGGGCGCCUGCUGCGGGUGCUUGCCCUGCUCUCGUGGGCAGCGGGCCUGGGCGUGGCGGAGGAGACGCCCUCGCGCAUCCCUGCAGAUAAACUACUAGUCAUAACUGUAGCAACAAAAGAAAAUGAUGGAUUCCACCGAUUUAUGAAUUCAGCCAAGUAUUUCAAUUAUACUGUGAAGGUUCUUGGUCAAGGGCAAGAGUGGAGAGGUGGCGAUGGGAUUAAUAGUAUUGGAGGGGGCCAGAAGGUGAGAUUAAUGAAAGAAGCCAUGGCACAGUAUGCCAGUCAGGAGGAUCUGGUUAUCUUGUUUACUGAAUGUUUUGAUGUUAUAUUUGCUGGUGGGCCUGAUGAAGUCCUGAAAAAGUUUCAAAAGACAAAUCACAAAAUUGUCUUUGCAGCCGACGGGAUUCUGUGGCCAGAUAAGCGGCUGGCAGACAAGUACCCUAUAGUGCACAUUGGAAAGCGUUACCUGAACUCGGGAGGCUUCAUGGGCUACGCUCCAUACAUCAGCCGUCUGGUCCAGCAGUGGAAUCUACAGGACAACGACGAUGAUCAGCUCUUCUACACAAAAAUUUACAUCGACCCAGUGAAGAGGGAAGCAUUUAACAUCACAUUGGAUCACAAAUGCAAAAUUUUCCAGGCCUUGAAUGGAGCUACAGAUGAAGUGGUUUUAAAAUUUGAAAAUGGUAAAAGCAGAGUGAAGAAUACAUUUUAUGAAACACUGCCAGUAGCGAUUAAUGGAAAUGGGCCCACCAAAAUUCUCCAGAAUUACUUUGGAAACUAUGUUCCUAAUUCAUGGACACAGGAAAGUGGCUGUGCUCUUUGUGACUUUGACACAAUUGACUUGUCUGCAGUGGAUGUCCAUCCAAAGGUAACAAUAGGUGUUUUUAUUGAACAACCAACCCCUUUUCUACCUCGAUUCCUCGACUUACUGUUAACACUGGAUUAUCCCAAAGAAGCACUUAAACUCUUUAUUCAUAAUAAAGAAGUUUAUCAUGAAAAGGACAUCAAAGUGUUUUUUGAUAAAGCUAAGCUUGAAAUCAGUACUAUAAAAAUAGUAGGACCGGAAGAAAAUCUUAGUCAAGCGGAAGCCAGAAACAUGGGAAUGGAUUUCUGCCGUCAGGAUGAAAAGUGUGAUUACUACUUUAGUGUGGAUGCAGAUGUUGUUUUGACAAACCCAAGAACUUUAAAAAUUUUGAUUGAACAAAACAGAAAGAUCAUUGCCCCCCUUGUGACACGUCAUGGAAAGUUAUGGUCCAACUUCUGGGGGGCAUUGAGUCCUGAUGGGUACUAUGCGCGCUCUGAAGAUUACGUGGACAUCGUUCAGGGGAACAGAGUAGGAAUUUGGAAUGUCCCAUACAUGGCUAAUGUGUACUUAAUUCAAGGAAAGGCACUCCGAUCAGAGAUGAGUGAGAGGAACUAUUUUGUUCGUGAUAAAUUGGACCCUGAUAUGGCUCUUUGCCGAAAUGCUAGAGAAAUGACCUUACAAAGGGAAAAAGACUCCCCUACUCCGGAAACAUUCCAAAUGCUCAGGCCCCCAAAGGGUAUGUUUAUGUACAUUUCUAACAGACAUGAAUUUGGACGGCUAUUGUCAACUGCAAAUUACAAUACCUCCCACCUCAACAAUGACCUCUGGCAGAUAUUUGAAAACCCUGUGGACUGGAAGGAAAAAUAUAUAAACCGUGAUUAUUCGAAGAUUUUCACUGAAAAUAUAGUUGAGCAGCCCUGUCCAGAUGUCUUUUGGUUUCCCGUACUUUCUGAAAGAGCCUGUGAUGAGUUGGUUGAAGAAAUGGAGCAUUAUGGCAAGUGGUCUGGGGGAAAGCAUCACGAUAGCCGUAUAUCUGGUGGUUAUGAAAAUGUCCCAACUGAUGAUAUUCACAUGAAGCAAAUUGAUCUCGAGAAUGUCUGGCUUCACUUUAUUCGCGAGUUCAUUGCUCCAGUUACGCUGAAGGUGUUUGCAGGCUAUUACACAAAGGGAUUUGCACUGCUGAAUUUUGUGGUAAAGUACUCUCCUGAAAGACAGCGCUCACUCCGUCCGCAUCAUGAUGCCUCAACAUUUACCAUCAACAUUGCUCUCAAUAAUGUAGGAGAGGAUUUUCAGGGAGGUGGAUGCAAAUUUCUAAGAUAUAAUUGCUCCAUUGAAUCCCCACGAAAAGGCUGGAGCUUCAUGCAUCCUGGGAGGCUUACACAUUUGCAUGAAGGUCUUCCUGUUAAAAAUGGAACAAGAUACAUUGCAGUGUCGUUUAUAGAUCCCUAAGUUAUUUACUUAACUCGGACUGAAUCAUUCUUUGAGAUGGAUGAUUGGCAUCAACGUGUCUUUGAAGUUGUGCUUGGGAAGAUGAGAGGAAUAUUAAAUAAUGUCAACAGAACAACUUCACUUUGGGCCAUACAUUUGAAAACUUUUUAUAUAAAAUUGUUUGACGUUUCUCAAUGUCUGCUCUGAGCCUUAAAACACAAGUCGAAGAAGAAAA